CGUUUCAAUCAUAACCUCAAUUUGAUUGACGCGAAAUUGUGUUUGUGCGUCGUAUUGUAUACCAAAAUAAGAUUUAAUUAGUAAUAAUUCAUUAAAUAAGUUAAUGUUAGUGUUUUCUGAUUGUUUAUAAGUAAACCAGCAGCAUGGCGGAUGCUGCGGCUAGACAGUUGCAGUACGAGUAUAAAGCGAACUCGAAUCUCGUACUUCAAGCUGAUGUUCGGCUCAUUGAGCGCCGCGGUCGUGAUGAAGCGACGGGAGAGGUUCUCUCGCUGUCGGGCAAGCUUACUGGGACGCGAAUGGGUGACCGUGCUCAGCGCACGAAGCCCGAUAAAGCCGAGGAGCGGAAAGUGAAACGUCAAAAACGUGACGAGGCAUCAUAUGAGCUGUCCAAGUCCAAAGGCAACCGUGCCGCAUGGUCGGACGAGAACACGGGAGCGGUGUACCGUCCGCGGGCCCAGCACACUAGACACGCCUAUGAGCUGCUGCUGUCCUUCAUGCAAGGGUCUCUCGGGGAUCAGCCGAGAGAUAUUCUUUGUGGUGCCUGUGAUGAGGUACUUGUAGUGCUCAAGAAUGACAGACUGAAAGAUCUAGAGAAGAAGAAAGAGAUAGAGCUACUCCUUGGACCUAUUCCUGAUGACAGAUUUGCACUACUUGUGAACUUAGGCAAGAAGAUAACCGACUUCAACAUUAGCUCACCGACAGAGGGCAACACGGAGAUCGACGAGACAUAUGGCAUUAAUGUGCAGUUUGAAGAGUCUUCGGAGGAAGACGAUGAAGAUGCUUAUGGAGAGGUUCGCGAAGAAGAUAGAGAAGAAGGGGAGGGGUCAGACAAUGAGAAAGAGAAGGAGAGUAGUGCAGAGGAGGACAGCGAUGGCGAGGGGAAACGGAACGCCAUACACGCGAAUCUGUCUGAGGAGCAAUCUCACAAGAGACGAGACACAGUCAUCCAUCCGAUGGACAUUGAUGCCUAUUGGCUACAAAGACGGCUGUCCAGGCAUUUCCCUGAUGCUAUGCUGUCACAGGCGAAAUCCAGCGAAGUACUUAAGGCACUUGAUGACGCUGCUGACGACAGAGAUUUGGAGAAUAGACUAGUCUUGAUGCUCGGCUACGAUUGUUUCGAAUUCGUCAAGAUACUGACCAAAUACAGAUACACUGUGUUAUACUGCACGAAGCUCGCCUCUUCUCAAUCGGAGAGCGAACGCCAAGCUCUGAGAGAUGAAAUGAGCCGGCAGCCGCAUCUUAUGAAGAUCUUAGCCCAGUUGGAAACUGGGAAGGGCGAUGAUGAGAGCGCCCGCGAACAAUCUGAAGCGCCUCGGAAGCGGCACAAAGCCGAGGCGGCCGGGAGCGGCCAAGCCGCCGGCAACCGGCAAAUGCUGCAGCUUGAAGAGUUAGUCUUCGCUGCCGGAGCUCACUUCAUGGCCAACAAGCGAUGCCAGCUGCCCCCGGGCUCCUUCAGGAAGCAGCGGAAAGGUUAUGAAGAAGUCCACGUGCCAGCGCUAAAACCGAAACCCUUCGACGAAGGCGAAACCCUUUUGCCGGUCGAGCAACUGCCGAAAUACGUGCAGCCAGCGUUUGAAGGGUUCAAGACUUUGAACAGGAUACAGAGCCGCAUAUCCGACGCUGCUCUCAACUCAGACAAGAACUUACUAGUAUGUGCUCCAACCGGCGCCGGAAAAACCAACGUAGCCCUGCUCUGUAUAUUACGUGAAGUCGGCAAACAUGUCAACGAUGACGGGACCGUCAACGCGUCCGACUUUAAGAUGAUCUAUGUGGCGCCUAUGCGGUCUCUAGUACAAGAAAUGGUGGGUAACUUCAGCAAGCGUCUCGCAGCCUACAACAUGAAAGUCUCUGAGUUGACCGGUGACCACCAGCUGACCAGGGAACAGAUCGAAGCUACUCAACUGAUUGUCUGCACCCCGGAGAAGUGGGAUAUCAUUACUAGAAAAGGUGGCGAGCGGUCCUUCACCAAUCUCGUACGGCUGAUAAUCAUCGAUGAAGUGCAUCUACUUCACGACGAACGAGGACCGGUGUUGGAGGCACUCGUCGCCAGGACUUUAAGGACAGUGGAGCAGACUCAAGAGGAGGUCCGACUGGUGGGCCUAUCAGCUACGUUGCCAAACUACAAGGAUGUGGCUGCCUUCCUUAGAGUGGAAAAGGAGGGUUUGUUCCACUUCGACAACUCUUUCAGACCAGUGGCGUUGGAACAGCAGUACAUCGGUGUGACAGAGAAGAAAGCACUGAAGCGGUUCCAAGUUAUGAACGACAUAGUAUAUGAGAAGACCAUGGAACACGCCGGCAGGAAUCAGAUUCUCGUGUUCGUGCACUCUCGCAAAGAGACCGGCAAGACGGCGCGGGCUAUUCGAGACAUGUGUUUGGAAAAGGACACCCUUGGACAAUUCCUCAGAGAAGGCUCAGCCAGCACCGAAGUGCUCCGUACAGAAGCGGAUCAGGUGAAGAACCCUGAGCUGCGUGAACUGCUUCCAUAUGGGUUCGCGAUACAUCACGCCGGCAUGAGCCGCGUGGACCGAACGCUCGUUGAAGAUCUGUUCGCCGAUAGACAUAUCCAGGUCCUAGUAUCAACCGCCACUCUCGCCUGGGGUGUGAACUUGCCCGCCCACACGGUAAUCGUGAAAGGGACACAGGUGUAUUCCCCGGAAAAGGGGCGCUGGAGCGAGCUGGGGGCCCUCGACGUUUUGCAGAUGUUGGGGCGCGCUGGCAGACCGCAGUACGAUACUAAGGGAGAAGGCAUCCUAAUAACGAAUCACUCGGAGCUACAAUACUACCUAUCGCUCCUGAAUCAGCAGCUACCAAUCGAGUCCCAAUUGGUCGGAAAACUGCCCGAUAUGCUCAACGCUGAGAUCGUGCUGGGCUCCGUACAGAGCGUGCGGGACGCUGUCACGUGGCUUGGAUACACAUACUUAUACAUUCGGAUGAUGCGAGAACCGGCUCUCUACGGCAUCACGCCGGAGAAAAUGCAAGAUGACAACCUUCUAGAGUUGCACAGGGCUGACUUGAUACACACCGCCGCUAGCUUGUUAGAUAAGGCCGGACUUAUCAAAUACGAGCGGAAAUCCGGCCAUUUCCAACCGACCGAACUCGGUCGCAUCGCCUCACAUUUCUACUGCACGUACGAAACCAUGCAGUCAUACAACCAACUGCUGAAACCUACGCUAGGAGAGAUAGAACUGUUCCGCGUGUUCUCUCUGUCUGCCGAGUUCAAAAAUAUUACUGUUAGAGAGGAAGAGAAGCUGGAACUACACAAGCUGAUGGAAAGAGUACCAAUCCCAAUAAAGGAAAGCAUAGAAGAACCUUCAGCCAAAGUCAACGUGUUACUACAAGCGUACAUAUCCCAGCUGAAGCUAGAAGGAUUCGCUCUAAUGGCAGAUAUGGUGUAUGUUACUCAGUCUGCCAGUCGCCUGCUGCGGGCCAUUUUUGAGAUAGUGCUCCAUAGAGGCUGGGCCCAGCUGGUGGACAAGACGCUAGCGCUCUGCAAGAUGGUGGACCGACGCAUGUGGCAAUCCAUGUCGCCACUUCGACAGUUCCGGAAGAUGCCUGAAGAGGUGAUAAAGAAACUAGAAAAGAAAAACUUCCCCUGGGAGAAACUCUACGAACUUGGACCCAACGAAAUAGGCGAACUUGUCCGAGCACCGAAACUCGGCAAAAUGAUCCACAAAUACGUUCACCAGUUUCCGAAACUAGAGCUCUCCACACACAUACAACCGAUCACUAGAAGCACGCUGAGAGUACAACUAACAAUUACUCCUGACUUCCAUUGGGAUGAAAAGAUCCACGGGCAAUCGGAAGCUUUCUGGAUCCUGGUUGAAGAUGUGGAUUCCGAAGUGGUUCUGCAUCACGAGUUCCUACUGCUUAAGGAGAAAUACUGCAAGGAUGAACACACGGUCAAACUUUUCGUGCCAGUGUUUGAGCCCCUACCGCCGCAAUACUUCCUUAGGGUUGUAUCUGACAGAUGGAUAGCAGCAGAGACCCAACUCCCCGUCUCGUUCCAACAUCUAAUCUUGCCCGAGAAGAAUCUUCCUCCGACCGAGCUGUUGGAUCUUCAGCCGUUACCCGUCUCCGCUCUCCGGAACCCUAAGUUUGAGAAGCUGUAUGAAUUCAAACAAUUCAACCCGGUCCAAACUCAGGUGUUCAACGCAGUUUACAACACAGAUGACAACGUGUUCGUUGGCGCUCCAUCCGGUUCCGGCAAAUCUGUCAUCGCUGAACUGGCCCUACUACGACUGUUGUCGAGUAACGCCGCGGGCAGAGUAGUAUAUCUACUGCCUAAGGACGCGCUGGCUGAUAUCGUGUUCUCGGAUUGGUACCAUAAGUUCGCUACACAAGAUGGAUUUAAUCUAAAGGUGGUCCAACUGACAGGAGAGACGGCAACAGAUCACAAGCUGCUGAACAAAGGACAGAUUAUCAUUACUACCGCUGAGAAGUGGGACGUACUCUCGCGAAGAUGGAAAGUCCGAAAGAGCGUUCAAUCCGUCUCCCUCUUCAUCGUGGAUGCCCUACAACUGUUGGGAGGAGACGAGGGUCCAGUGUUGGAGGUGGUAUGCUCUCGGAUGCGGUACAUAUCUUCACAGAUCGGUCGUCAAAUCCGCAUAGUGGCUCUGUCGCUCCCCCUGGCGGACGCGCGCGACGUGGCGCAGUGGCUCGGCUGCAACUCGAACGCUACCUUCAACUUCCAUCCCAGUGUGAGGCCGCUACCUCUCGAGUUACAUAUUCAGGGUUACAACAUUCCUCACGCGGCAUCCCGUCUCUCCUCCAUGACGAAGCCCAUAUACAAUGCCAUCGUGCGCCACGCCGGCUCCAGACCCGCUGCCGUCUUCGUACCUUCUAGAAGAGACUCCAGGCUGCUGGCAGCUGAUCUGCUAGCCUUGGCUGCUGCGCAAGGGAAGGCGGCGAGAUUCCUGCACGCAAAUCAGGAUCUGAUGCAGCAGUAUCUUGAUAAAAUACAGGAUAAGAUGUUAAAGGAGACCCUCGCAGCCGGCGUGUCAUAUCUCCACGAGGGCGUUGACCCCAGCGACCGGCGCGUGGUUCAGUUCCUGGUGUCCAGCGGAGCCGUGCAGCUCUGCGUGGUGGCGGCGGAACUAGCCUGGGCCUUCGCUGCACACGUGCACACUGUCAUAGUGUGCGACACACACACAUACAACGGCAAACUCCACACCUACGAACAGUACCCGAUCACAACCGUCCUUCACAUGCUGGGCCGCGCCUGCCCCUCAUCAGAUGACGAUCACUCCGUAGCCGUACUGAUGUGUCGCGCUCACCACAAGACCUUCUUCACGAAACUGCUUCUAGACUGUCUCCCGCUGGAGAGCCAUCUGGACCAUAGACUGCACGACCACAUGAAUGCCGAGAUUGUGACAAAAACCAUAGAGAACAAGCAAGACGCUGUGGACUAUCUUACUUGGACCUUCCUGUACCGAAGGUUGACCAUGAACCCCAACUACUACAACCUACAGGGGGUCACUCACAGACAUCUAUCGGACCACCUGUCGGAGCUGGUGGAGACGACCUUGACAGACCUGGAGCAGUCCAAAUGCAUCGCCAUUGAAGAAGAUAUGGACCUUCAGCCUUUGAACUUGGGCAUGAUCGCUUCGUAUUACUACAUCAACUAUACUACCAUCGAGCUGUUCAGCUUAUCCCUGACAAGUAAGACGAAGAUCCGAGGCCUUCUGGAGAUCAUCUCAUCAGCGGCUGAAUAUUCCGAGCUCUGCAUCAGACACAGGGAGGAAAACAUCAUCAAAGCAUUGGCUAACAAAGUCCCACACAAGCCUACCUCGGCAUCCGGCACCGUGAAAUACAACGAUCCACACGUGAAAGCGCACGUUUUACUCCAAGCCCAUCUCUCCCGCACACAACUGCCGCAGGAGUUACAGCAAGACACACAACUUGUGCUCACCAAGGCGAUCCGACUAAUCCAAGCGUGCGUCGACGUAGUGUCUUCCAGCGGUUGGCUUUCCCCGGCCGUUGCUGCCAUGGAGCUGGCCCAGAUGGUCACCCAGGCGAUGUGGGCCAAAGAUUCAUAUCUCCGACAACUGCCACACUUCACUCCGGAGGUGGUCCAACGCUGUACUGACAAGGGUGUAGAAACCGUCUUCGACGUCAUGGAGUUAGAAGACGCGGCGCGUGCUAAGCUGUUACAACUGUCCCCGGCUGAAAUGGCCGAUGUGGCUCGCUUCUGUAACCGUUACCCCAACGUCGAACUUGUCUACGAGGUGAAAGAUGAGCGUCGUCUGCGCGUGGGCAAGCCUAUCGUGGUUGAAGUGGCGUUGGAACGAGAGGACGAUGUGGUGGGACCAGUCAUCGCGCCAUUCUUCCCGCAGAAACGAGAAGAAGGUUGGUGGGUUGUAAUCGGCGCUCCAAAAACCAACAGCCUCCUCUCAAUCAAGCGCGUCUCCCUGGGCAAGAGUGCGCGCGUCCGCUUAGACUUCGUGUGCGGCUUGGCGGGCCGGCACUCGUACACGCUGUACUUCAUGUCCGACGCGUACCUCGGCGCCGACCAGGAGUACAAGUUCCACGUGGACGUCGCCGACGCUAAUGAUGAUGAUGACUCGGACGAGUAGUGGCGGUAGGAGUCUGUUUGAAUGUGUAAUGAUAGGGAAGUGAAUAAAAUAUAACUAAACUUUGA